AGUAGUAUCCGAACGUUGCCAAAGAUGGACUACAAAGCUGGACUUCUGGUGUUUUUCUCCCUUGUGAUUGGAAGCCUUGCCUUCCCAGCACCUGAAGAUGACUUGUCCAAGUUCUUCGACCAUACCGAUGGCAACGCUCGUAUCAUUGGAGGUUCUGAAGCGGCAGCUGGCAGCCACCCUCACAUGGUGGCUUUGAUCGCAGGGAUAUAUGGCAAGAUGUUCAUCUGCGCAGGAUCACUGGUCACACAACGUUCUGUUCUCACUGCUGCUUAUUGUAUUCAUAUGAUCUACAGCGGAGGCUCAAUCGUUCCUUCUGCGCGGGCGGCUGUCGGCUCAAACCGCUGGGACAGCGGUACCGAGUACACUUUGCUCGGUAACCUGACUCACCCUGAUUUCAACCUGUGGACUGGCAAGAAUGACAUCACUGUCGUGAUCACUUCCACGAACGUGGUACUCAGUAGCUUAGUGCAGCCUGUGGCACUCAUUUAUGACUACAUUGGUGGGGGAGUGACGGCUAUAGUUGCUGGAUGGGGUUCUACCACGCCGAAUUCUUAUGAGCCGUCUGAUAUCCUGUUGGAAGUAUCCACCACCACCAUUGGAAGUAAGGAGUGCAUAGCUCGCGUGCUGAAAGCUGCUAUUAAGUUGAAGAAUUUGAUUUAUGUCAACCCAAGAAACAAAGUGUGCACCUUAAAUUCUUCUAAAUCUGGAAUUAACUACGGUGACUCUGGCAGUGCUUUACUUCGAGCUGACAACGGUCAGCAGUUCGGUAUCGUGGCCUGGGGCUUCCCAGGUGUGGUCGACUAUCCUGAUCGGUUCGUCAGGAUCGGCGCUUACGAGAGCUGGUUGAAAUCCGUAAUUGUUUAAACAACUUCAAUGAUGGACUUAAAUGACCAAGCACCAAAGAGCUGUGAAAUCUAUCCCAUAACACAAUUAU